CUGGAGUUUGAGUCUCUGCUGUAUCCACAUGCAACCCGUGGUCAUUUGUCACCACCCCUUUCGGUGCUGUGGCCUUAGGCUCAUUAGCAGUCCAAUAGCUCCUGCAGUCUUUCUGGAAAUUGAUUGUUCUUCACCUUCUAGCUUGAGAUUUCAGGCGGCCUUUCUCAAUGAAGGCUAGUUCUGCUAGCUUCCUCAUUCUCCAAUUUACUUCCUAUUCGGCAACUUCCAGACACGCCCUAACGCGCUUACAAGCUUAGCUGUAUUUUACCCGCGUUGAUCACUCAAGCAACGAUGCAAUUCGGUUCAUUCUUCUUCUUCCUGCUUUCGGCUUUCGGAGCUGCCGCCGAAGACGAAUGUCCCCCGACUGAGGUCGUGAAGUUCGCCGAGCUUUAUGCUAACCCGCAUUUGAAUCCGUGCCAGAAAGUCUCUGCCGGCUUCUCGAUUGCUCCGCCAAAGGGCUACCCUACAGACCAGCAAGUCAAAGCCAUGUGCGCUUCCGACGAAUGUCGCGCUCUGAUCGAAGACGCCCUCGCACUGAAGCCCGCAGAUUGCUACUUGUCGUUUGUGGGCGUGAAACUGAACGCGUACAAGUUGGCCACCACCUUCAAAGAUGCAUGCAAGGUUGACAUGGACAAGAAUCACGAAGACGGCAAUCACCAUUCGACUCCGAUGCCAACUACGUACCACCCAACGCCAAAGCCGACCCAUGAAAAGUACUAUUCAACACCGAGGCAAACUGACGCAAAGUACACGACUCCCAAACCCACCGAAGAGAAGUAUCCGAAGCUGACAGAAGAUAGCAAGAAAUACCCGAAGUCGAUGGACGACAAAGGCCACCACAAACUGUAUGAGCCGAUGAUUGUCAAUAAGGCGCACCGAGCUGAAAACGACAAGGUGAAGGAUGCGGACAAUGUGAAGCCACCGAUGAACGGCACAGCUCUCGAGCUCUUUCCGAUGCCCAACACGACCUACAAGGCAACUGCGUCACCCGAGGCGUAAAAGUUUGCUCAUUUAGGACAAACCACUAAGAUGAGUUGCUAGCUAUAGCUCACAGAACCAACGUGAAUACUUUUCAUGCGAUAUCAUAAGCUUCUGGAAGCAAUAAACCGUCCUACUGUUAUAACAAUUAGAUGUUGGUGUUGCUUACGAAUAAGUU